GGUGGUCCCUUCUUUGGUGAUAGGAAGUGGGCAGACAUGCUCUUAGAAGCGGUAGAUACAGAGUAAUAAACUGGAGUAUACUUAAUAGCUUCCUGGUGACCGGUGUCAGUAAGAACUGAUAGAAGCUGCUGUAGGUUCUUGGACCUGGAAUGGAACGGGUUGCUAUGGUUCUAGAAGGCUGCCGAGAAGCUCUGAAUGUAGCUGAAAAUGGUGGUGAUUCCAGUAAUGACGUUUACUCGCGUUUCAUGAAAUCGCACACUUGCUAUGACCUCAUUCCAACCAGUUCCAAACUGGUAGUCUUUGAUACCUCACUACAGGUAAAAAAGGCAUUCUUCGCACUUGUUGCUAAUGGAGUAAGGGCAGCCCCUCUGUGGGACUGUAAAACACAGAGGUUUGUGGGGAUGCUAACAAUCACAGACUUUAUUAAUAUUCUUCACAAGUACUACAAGUCUCCAAUGGUACAAAUCUAUGAACUGGAGGAACAUAAAAUAGAAACAUGGAGAGAAGUUUAUUUACAAGAUACUUCAAAGCCAUUAGUCAGUAUCUGCCCUACUGCCAGUCUCUAUGAAGCAGUUUCUACGCUUAUAAGAAAUAAAAUUCACCGAUUGCCUGUUAUAGAUCCUUUGACUGGUAACACUUUGUAUAUCUUGACACACAAAAGGAUACUGAAGUUUCUCAAACUUUUUAUUGCUGACUUGUCUAAGCCAGAGUUUAUGUCCAAGUCUCUGGAGGAGUUAAAAAUCGGGACAUACAACAAUAUUGCUGUAGUUCGUAAAGAUACACCCAUUUAUGCAGCACUAGGUCUGUUUGUUGCACAGCGGGUCUCAGCCUUGCCUGUGGUUGAUGAUGCAGGGCAUGUAGUUGAUAUUUACUCCAAGUUUGAUGUUAUUAAUCUUGCAGCUGAGAAGUCUUACAAUAAUCUUAAUGUGUCCGUCACAAAGGGGCUGUGUCACCGUUCACAGUAUUUUGAAGGAGUACUGAAGUGUUAUCAAAAUGAAACCUUGGAGACAAUUAUCAACCGCCUCGUAGAAGCAGAAGUUCACAGACUCGUGGUAGUAGAUAAGGAGGAGGUUGUAAAAGGAAUCGUCUCUCUCUCUGAUAUCCUGCGAGCGUUGGUUCUUCAUACAGUGGGCCCAGAUUCGUCCUGAUGACCACUGUACAUCUGUGUAAGAUGGAAUGUUUCUUAUAAGUUCAGGUCUGAUUGGUAUCCAGUGUAAGGAGUUAACUGCGGUUUAUAAUGAUGUGGAAUCCAGCACUUCCAACAAGUUGUAAAUCAGCACUUUCACCAUGCUUAUAACAGUGUUUCCAACACAGCAUAUUUGUCGUCUUUACUCCAUUCCAGAUGUUACAAGCUGUGAUUGAAGAUUCAGUUGGAUAUGAACUUCAUUCUUCUUUAAAGAGUUGUUCAAAAAUUCCUCUUCCGAUGAAACGUUUUUUCCUUAAACAUUGUAGGAAAGUUCCUCGCUCUAAUAUCAGUUCAUUUUAAAAAGUUGUUAAAUUCACUGAUGAGUAACAUCAUUAUUUUUGUAUUCACAUUUUUUACCUCUUCUAAGAUCAUUGUAGCAGCAAUAUAGUGUAAUAGGUGUGGAGGAGUUUUGCAUGGGUAAGCAAAAUAUUUAUUCUGUGAUAGUUUUCUCUGUUAAUGUUUGCUGCUAUGGUUGUUUUUUAGUGGCUUCCCUUUAAUUUCCAUGUGUGUAAAAUAUUGAGAGCUUAGUUGUGAAGUUGUGGUCUUGGUUUCCAGUUGUGCAGAUCUUUUGCUUGUGGUGUUAUUUUGAGUGACAUUUUCACAUUGGCUGCUGGCCAGUCUUUCUGAUGGAAGUUCUGCUGUGUCCUUUGUGAGUUUUAGAUUUUUGUUAGAAUUUUUUUUUGACAUGAACCAUGAAUUUGAGAGCAUCUCCUAAGCUGUGCUAGCACUGUAUUAAGUCUUUGAAAAGUGUUACUACCAUAAUUAUAGGUACACCUUCAGCAGAUAAGACCCUAAACAUUUAAGUUUUGUGUCUUGAAGGCAUCUGAUGUUAUACAGAUUCUUUCUUAUCUGCUUAAGCCAGUGUGGGGUUGUGGAAGAACUGGAGCUUUUCCAAGCACUUGGUUGGAUGCAAGGCAUAGAAACUCAUUCUGAAUGGGACUCCAACCCACUGUAGGAUGCAAAUGUGAGUGCAGGCAUGCACAAAUGCACACACACACGCACGCACACACAAACAAUAAUGGACACCUACAAGCAAUUUAGUGGAUUGCCAGUUCACCUUUGUCACAUUUUUGGAAUGUGGGAAGAACCCAGAGCAUUCAGAAAAAAACUCAUGUGGACACAAGGAAGAACUGCAUACGUUGCACAAAAGGCCCCCUGGCCAAGAUCUCAACUGGAAAACCACUGUGAUACAACACUACCUACUGCACCUCUGUGCCUUAAUUUUUGCAUCGCUUUCCUUUUGGGUUGUAUUGUUUUGAUUACUUUCCACAUCAAUGCUUAGUCCUUAGCUAAGCUGUUGUCUUGAAUUUUCCCAUCAUUGUGUGUGUGCCCACUGCAGGAGAAAACUGCUUUUUCAAAUCCAAGUAAAGUCACCACAUUCGGUAGUCUGACACUGUUUUUUGGAGACUUGUGUCAUAUUCUAGGCUGUAGCUGUUUUGGUUUUGCAUACUGCUCACCUCUCUGUUUGGCAGGGCUACAAGGAAGUAGGUGGUUUUGCCCAUUCAAGCCCUGGUUAGAUUACUUUGCAGUCUUUGAGAAAAGCAAGUGCCAAUCUUGUUAGUAUAUCAGCACACUUCCAUAACAUCUGCCAGUUGAGCUCUGGAAAUAAACUUGCCACCAUUCUCCUGGUCUGUUUAUUAUCUUCUGUUCAUGGUAGGCUGCUCCAACAUUCUCCUGGUCUGUUUAUUAUCUUCUGUUCAUGGUAGGCUGCUCCAACACUCAGGACCACUGUUGAGCCAAAGUCACAGAGCCCUAGUCAUGUUUUUUCUUUGUCACAAAGCUGGCAUCUUUUAUAGCUUUCUUUUUUCCUACCACUUUUCUCUGCUCCAUUCAGAUCCCCGCAGAGUUCCAGCAAUCAUACAGAGCUAAGGUGCCAGCUACAAAGACACACUCAUAAGAUUCCUAAGAUAGGGACUUUGGCAUUUCCUUAAUUUUAACUAGGUGACAACAGCAGCAGCAUAACUAGUUCCCACACAGUUCUUUUAGAAUGAGAAGGGCAGGUUAGUGUCAGUUUGCUUUCAUCCUGCUGGUUGGCUUUUCGGACAGAGGGUCCACUGCUUGUACCUGGCUUGCCAGCACUUAUGUCAAGGCUCAAUAUUAUAUACUUUAGGUGACAUAGUAUUUCUCUGGAUUUUCAUUUGUGUGAUCAUAGUAAGUACACCUCAGCCGUACAGUCCCAUCCAGUUAAACAAGGUUUAUAACCUACCUUAUGGUUGCAUGUCCUCAGAGUGGAUUGUAAGAGGGUUUAGGGGAACAAUGCUGCUUGUGUUCAGAGUGGUGGUAGGGUUGCCCCUUGUAUAAGAGUUGCAUUGAAUAUGUGCAAUGGAAUGAGCUGUUACUGUUGUGGUUUGAUGUAAUGGGCUCUGAUGGCAACUUAUUUUAUUGCAAGGUUUUCAGAAAAUGAGGGUUACUGGAGUUAUGAUUUAUAUUGCAAAUCCUAACUGUUACAUAUGUCGAACUUUUCACAAGCUGGCAGCCCUGCUUUCCAGUAUGUGCAGAAAAAGAAUGGCUGCUACUUUUACAUUUGUCACCAUUUGUGCUUUUUUCUUGGAUGUUGCUUCUGUGUACUUAAAGUUAAUGUUUAUUUAAUGAUUAAAUAUGUUUCAGAAUGAAAUUAACUAAUAAAGCAUCACAGAUA